AUGAAGUUCCAAGCUCUUCUCCUGGCAUUCAGCCUGAGUGCUUCUGUUGCGGCCAUUCCACCUGAUCCGGUCGAUUCGGUGAAUAUCCAACCACAAUACCAUAGACCCACGACAACCAGUACCAAACCCAAAACCACUACCAAGAUCAAUAAGCCAACAGGAACACCCUGUGCAGGCAACACGCCCCGAACACGGUCUAAGUGGUGCCAAUACGACGUCAACACCGACUAUACCCAGAUAGUACCAAACACAGGCAUAACCCGGGAGUACUGGCUCAACCUUGAAGAGCUAGAAGCCGCACCAGAUGGAUUCAGCCGACCAGUAAUGGCCGUGAACGGGACAAUCCCGGGCCCAACAAUCUUCGCCGACUGGGGCGACUGGCUCGUGAUCCACGUCACAAACAGCCUCCAUAAAUCCCAGAACGGGACGAGUAUCCACUGGCAUGGGAUCAGACAGAACUUCACGAAUGGCAACGACGGCGUUGUCUCCAUCACGCAAUGUCCCACAGCCCCAGGCUCAACCAUAACCUACAAAUGGCGGGCUACACAGUACGGUUCAUCGUGGUACCAUUCGCACAUUGGGCUGCAGGCGUGGGAGGGUGUGUUUGGCGGGAUUGUGAUCAAUGGCCCUGCUACAGCGAACUACAAUGUUGAUAAGGGCAGUCUGUUCCUGACGGACUGGUCGCAUCCCACUGUUGAUGAGUUGUACUUGGAGGCUCAGACGGUUGGGCCACCGACUUUGGAUACUGGCCUGAUUAACGGGACGAAUGUCUUUGGGAAUGGGACCAAUUCUACGGGCACGCGGUUCCAGAUGAAGGUUGAUCAAGGGUCUUCGUAUCGGCUGAGGGUUGUGAAUUCGGCUGUUGAUACGCACUGGAAGUUUAUGAUUGAUAAUCAUACGCUUACUGUUAUUGCGGCGGACUUUGUGCCGAUCAGACCGUACACGGCGAAUUAUAUCGAUAUCGGAAUGGGCCAACGCUACGAUGUAAUCGUAACAGCAAACCAACGCCAAAUCGCCGACUCGUUCUGGAUCCGCGCAAUUCCCCAGGAAGCAUGCUCCGAAAACGCAAACCCAGACAACGUAAGAGGAAUCAUGUACUACGGUAACCUCCCACGCACACCAACAACAAACGCCUUCACCUUCCUAGACGAAUGCGUCGACGAGCCCGUCACCAGCCUCGUGCCGCAAGUUCCCAAAACCGUCUCAGCUGCAGACUGGAACAACCUGACAGACGUGACACUGGGACGCAACAGCGCGAACCUCUUCCGCUGGUACCUCAACAGCACAACGAUGCAAGUGCUCUGGGAAGACCCAACUUUACUCCAGGUCUUCAACAACGAAAACACACCCAAUUUCACAGAAUCGAGUGGCGUGAUUGAGCUGCCACGGGCGCACGAGUGGGUGUAUCUCAUGAUCAACACGAGUUUCCCGGUCACGCACCCUAUUCAUUUACACGGCCAUGAUUUCUUUGUUUUGGCGCAGGGAUCGAACCCGUGGAAUGGGAGUGUUGCGACAAAUAACCCGCCGCGGAGAGAUACUGCUAUGUUAAACGGGAAUGGGUUUUUGCUUAUUGCAUUUGAGACGGAUAAUCCUGGGGCGUGGCUUAUGCAUUGUCAUAUUGGGUGGCAUACGGAUGAAGGGUUUGCGUUGCAGUUUUUGGAGAGGGAGAGUGAGAUUGAGCCGUUGAUUGAUCGGCAGGCUCUUGAGGAGAAUUGUAAUUCUUGGAAUGCUUAUGAUGCGGCUUUUAAUAUUGAUCAGGAGGAUUCGGGGGUUUAG